UUACAUUUUAUUUUAAUCGAACAAAUGUUCCUAUAAAUAAGCCAGUUCUAAUGGAACAAAUCGUGGCUCAUACGUGUAUCACGUGAUUGUACAUUGAGUUAUUUGACUGGUGGAAUUUCCAACUACAUGGAUAUACUUUGUUCCGAUAUGUACUCCGUUCCAAACAGGUGUGAUAUAAUAACGGUGAUGGUAUUCGGGGCAUAUUUGCCGCCAAUAAACUGUGAACGUGUGAACUAGUCCGUAGCCGCGUAGCCGGCGUUUCUUACAUCUUGUUGAUACAAAACUUUCGCCAUUUCCCGUUUUCUACACGGCUUAGCCACACAGCUUGUGUAUUGGUUGUGGGCGUUGUCCUGUGAAAACUGAAAAUCUGUUUUGUAUCAAAAAUUUAAGCUAGAAGUCCAGAAACAGAAAUGCCGCCAACAAAAAGAAAAGGGACGACCGCUGUGGAAGUCGAAAACGGCACAAAGGAAGACGUUCAGACAAAUGGAACUGUAGCAGAAAAGAAAGCAAAGCUAGCUCGGAAAGGCAAAACAGAAGAGGCUCCCCAGAAGACAAGGGAGGUUCCAUCUAGAGCUGCCAAAUUACACAAAGAUUAUGCACAUAAUGAAGAUGAAGAUGGCAACUUGAUCAAAGAAAAGAAAAAGGAAGAGAAGAAAGCAAAAGAAAGUAAAAAAUCUGCUGAAAAGAAGAAAGCUGCCAAAGGAAAAGCAAAGGCUGACGAUUCUGAGCCUCCAAGCAAGAAGGCCAAAGAUUCUGAUGAAGAGGAAGAGAAAGAUGCUGCUGAAGAGCCUCAAGAUGAUGAGAUGAAUGGUGACUCAAAACCAACUGCAAAGAAAGGCAAGAAAACAGCUAAAGGAAAGGCUGGGAAAGGAAAAAAGGCACAGAAUGAAGAUGAUGCUGCUGAAGAACCUGAGAAGAAAAAGUCUGAAGGGAGACCUAAGGCAGUGAAACAAGCUAAGACAGAACAAUUAGAAGAACCAGUGGAAUCACUGAAUGAUGCAGAAAACCCUGUUCCUGAGAAAAAGAAAAAGCUUGCUGGAAGAACGAGGCCAGCUAAAGAAACUGACUCAGAACAAUCUGAAGAACCAGAGGAAAUAGCGAAUGGUGCAGAAAACUCUUUCCCUGAGAAAAAGAAAAAGCCUGCUGGAAGAAUGAAGCCAGCUAAAGAAACUGACUCAGAACAAUCUGAAGAACCAGAGGAAACAGUGAAUGGCGCAGAAAACACUGUUCCUGAGAAAAAGAAAAAGCUUGCAGGUAAAACAAAGCCAGCUAAAGAAACCGACUCAGAACAGUCUGAAGAACCUGAUGAAAUUAUUGCCAACUCAAUUUAUGAAUUCACUGUGAAGGAUAUCAAUGGCGAGGAUGUGUCUUUGGAAAAGUACAAAGGCAAUGUCUGUAUCAUAGUUAAUGUUGCAUCCAAAUGUGGCCACACCAAAAGCAACUAUGAGCAGUUUGUGGAACUCUAUGACAAGUAUUCAGAGGAAAAGGGUCUCAGGAUACUUGCCUUUCCUUGCAAUCAGUUUGGCAAGCAGGAACCUGGUGAUUCUCAAAAGAUAUUGGAAUUUGUAACCAAGAGAAAUGUGAAGUUUGACAUGUUCGAGAAGAUUGAGGUCAAUGGGAAAAAUGCUCAUCCACUAUGGCAGUAUUUGAAAUCAAAGAUUGCUGGUCCUAAAGGCAAUGACAUCGAGUGGAACUUUACUAAGUUCAUAGUUGAUAAGGAGGGUAAAGUUGUUGAAAGACAUAAGCCAACUGUUAAACCAUUGCAAAUGGUAGAGUUUCUUGAAAACUUCUGGUAGUUUUGAGAAAUUAUAUUAUUUUUCUAUCAUUCAUGAGUUUCAUUUAAGACAUUCAUAGUUUGUUUUCAGCAUUUUUAAUUAAUAUUACCUUAUGCAGUGUUAAUUUGAGUUACAAAAGCAUACACAUGUUUGACACAUUGUUUAUUAUUUAUAGUUUUAUUUAUAUAAAUGCAUAUUUAGGUAAGUAGUAUCAUUUCUCUUAUAGUAUUGUUUUUUCAGUUCAAAUAUUGUUUUGUCUUCAUGUAAGAUUUUGGUACUUCAUUAAAAUAAAUGUUUAUCAAAUAC